UUAAAGUGAAAAUAAAAGGUUGGUUAGCAGACCUAUUUCUUGUUUUUCAUGCAAUGUGUUUGCUUCUUAAUUUUAUUCUGCAAAAUAUUAAUUGGAAGAUGCUUUGAACCUGUAUCAUACAGUACCUAUGAUUUAUAGGCCAUUGCUGCCAGGAGUACGUCUACCAUUACUGACCAGAUCUCUGUGUUUAAAGUUUUAUCUGUGCCUGUGAAGCUCUUUGUAAGUAAAGAUACAUUUUUUUUACAUCCCUUGUCAUUAUUUCUGCUUCAGUGAACCUAAUUUAAUGGUUUCUGUCAGCCUGGGAAUUGCUGUAAGAAUUUUUCACGUUUGAGUGUAAGGAUUGAUUUUGCUUAAAGCAGUAAGCCACAAAUUCUAAGCACUCGAUUGUUGCAUCAAAUGAAACAGUCCUGUAUUAUUUUCCAAAUACGGGUAUAGUCAAAGAAACCUUAUAUUGAAUAUGAUUUAUAUUGCUUGUUUGUGGAAAGAGCUCAAAGGAGAAUGACCAGACUGCUUUAUGGUCUGACGAGGAUGUUAAAUGCGGCCAGAUUUAUUUAAAGACGUGCCGUGUAAUGUCAUGUUAAUAUAGUAGCAGUGGAUUCCCCUGGCUCUGUAUCAGAAGGUGGUGGACAGUGUCCGUUUGAGGACUGCUGCCUUCAUUACGACUAAGGCCUGACUUGAGUAACAGGGCUCGGUGGCACGAAGUGUGUGCUAGGAAUCCCUGGUGGAAGAAUACGAGGAUCCUGUGCAGACGCAGGAGUGGGUAGUUGACAAGGCAGGCGAACAAUCCAAUGUGAUAGAGUUCGUGGUCCAAAGGAAAAGGGUGUUUCAGUAGCCAAGAAGAGCAAUAGAAGCGAACAAUCCGGAGCAAGAGGCAAGGUCGUGGUCCAAAGGGGUAAGGUAGGUCGUAAUCCGGAGAGAACACAGGAGCCAAACAGUCCGAGACGAGAGUCGAGGUCCAAAGACGAAAAGGCAGAAGGGGAGUCCAGAAUCCAGAAUAAACGAGACAUCGAGCAACCAGCGUGAGGUGGGACACACCCUGGAUGUGGCGGCAGUCCAUCACAAGGCACACACACAACUCACACUAGGGUCAGGACCUGGAGAAAACCCGGACGAACAUGGGGAGAACAUAGACAGCACCCCAGGAAUUGAACUUAGAUCCCCAGCUCUGCAAGGCAGCAAUGAUAACCACUGCACUACUGUGCUCUCCCCUUGUAAUAAUGCGCAGCAGGAGGAGAAGGCGAGUGAUUCUGAAUCUGUGAGGGAAGAGAUGGUGGAUUAUUAUAAUGUUUUGGGAGUUGCACGUGAUGCCUCUCAAGAAGAUAUUAAAAAGGCGUACCGAAAGCUGGCUUUGCGGUGGCACCCUGACAAGAACCCAGACAACAAGGAACAGGCAGAACAGAAAUUCAAAGAGAUAGCAGAAGCCUAUGAAGUUCUGUCAGACAGAACCAAGCGGGAGGCUUAUGAUGCAUAUGGAAAGGAUGGAUUGUCUGGUGCAGGGUCUCGAGGACCUGACACGGCAGACUUCCCGGGAUUCACCUUCACAUUCCGCAGCCCCGACGAGGUCUUCAGGGAGUUUUUCGGCGGCCAAGAUCCAUUUGCAAGUUUCUUCGACGAUUUCAGCCCCUUCUCCGGGAUUCAUGGAAGUCCUGGCAGCUCCCGGCUUGGACCAAGCCGAUUCUUUUCCUUUCCUUCCACAGGAGUGAACUUCACUUCCUUCUCAUCCUCUAUGGGGGGCAUGGAUGGUAUGGGCAGUGCAAUGGGUGGUUUCCGGUCUGUGUCUACGUCAACCAGGAUAGUCAACGGGAAACGGACCACCACAAAAAAGAUCCGAGAGAAUGGCCAAGAAAGAGUUGAGAUUGAGGAGGACGGGGUGCUGAAAACUGUUUUAAUCAAUGGUGUUGAGGAUGAGAUGGCCCUGGCCCUGGAGCUCAGCCGGCGCGAGCAGCAGACUCCUCCACAGCAGUCUCUCCUGGAUCAGAGCAGGCUCCGCCAUGGGACUCCAACUCAGAGGUCCUUCAGCUCUGACCCGUUUUUCAGCUACCGGGACAGCACCGACGAAGAAGACGAAGACCUGCAGAUGGCCCUGGCCUAUAGCCUCUCAGAGAUGGAUGGGAAGCACAGAGCAGGUGUGCACACAGCAGGGCAGGGGGGCAGGAAGGAAGUGCGAAGGGGUGGAGAAAAGUCAGGGCCUAUCAGGGGGAGCCAGAGGGGCGGGGCCACUGAGGAGCCGAGAGGAGGGGCAGAGAGGACUACUCCCUCCGGCAGGAGGCGGGAGGCGGAGAGUCAGGGCGGAGCCAAGGCCGGGGAGAGCAGAACUCCCAGGAUCCCACGCCAGGAAGGCAGCUCACAGGGCCCGCAAGAAGAGGAGAAGGGGACAGCAGCAGAAACCAAUGACAAAAAGAAACGAUUGAAGUGUUUAGUGUGUUGAGACAAAGGCGAGACGUGCCUUGGUCAAACAUAGACCUGGGCAAGCUAACUAACGUUCGUCUUUAAAGGGAUGUCUUGACGUCAGGUGCAGUGCUGUGGCAGAUAAUUUCUGAAACAGGAAGUGCUGUGAUGAGUUUCUCUUUUAUUAAGGGUUGUUUUUUCAUGCAUAUAUUUUGCAGAUUUUUUCCGAGGUUAGUGCCAUAUAACAUAACUAGACAUAAUGUGGUUUUCUACUUGUUUUGACUUGACGUUAAGCCCACACCGCAAGUACAUGAAAACAUGCAUAUACUGUACGUAUGGUGUACAAAGUUUAUGAAUCAGUUUUGACAGUUUUACCCCUGAAUAAUGUGAAUUCACAAAAUACUAUGCAUUUGUAAUAAGGUUGUUCUGAGGGUUUUUUAAGGUUUUCCUGGUGCCAAGACAUAUGAUGCUCCUUACAGGAUACCUCGUUAGUUGGAGAGAGAAAGAUUAGUGCAAUUGGGUUCAUCAUUUUUUUUCUUCACCCUGUCUUUCAGGUCAUAUAGAGCGAUGACUUUACUGUAGUUUGCCUCUCGGGUUGCCACAGGGAUUAAUGACAUCAUCACACAGUGGCUUCAGAAUAAACUCAUUCAUAGCUCAGUUAUUGUUGGUUAUAUGGAUCAUUUCCCAGCUGUUUGGUUUUAUAUAUGAAAACCUAUUAGACCACUUCUGUAAGCUGAUAAAAACCAUGAUUUAUGAAAAUCCUAUGCACAUAAAUGACUUAUGUUAGUUUUUCACGUGUUGUUUUUAAUAUUAAUUUAAUGAGUAUUUUUACACUUUAUCGGUUAAAAUUUGAAUUUAAGAAUGCUCUGAUUUGAAAUAUUGAAAGCAUUGACAUGCAUUCAAGCUUUCAAUGAAGAAAUUCAGUUUCCUUGGGGGAAUUCAGAACAAAGCAAUAACAUUGCACUUGCUAAUUAAUUAAGGAUACUAAGGUACUUUCACCCUGAUUAUAAACAUGGCCCAAUAGUUCUCUGAAGGAACUGUUUUUGUUUUAAAUGAACAAAAUGCGUGCUAUUUGUUCAAGGUUGUUUUUUGGUGGGGGAAACAAAUGAGAAUUUAAAGUCUGUAUUUAAAUAGCAAAGUCGAGGAAAUUUAAAUUUGCACUCAUUGUGUAUUGAAAAACAUGGUGAAAGACUGAAAAUUGUGUAGAAGGACAAGCUUGUAGCUAGAAAAAACCUUCUCUUGCUCCAACACAGGCUGGGAGCCUACACCCAUGACUUCAGCUCAAUUACAAGUAGAUAAUGUCUAAAGGUUUUAGGCAAUAAGGUGUCUGGUGCCAAAACUGUAUUAUGAUAACUCGUAAUGCUUCUGGCAAUUUAAUUUCACCUAAACGUUUGUCCAAUUAAUCCCUGUCAGCAUGCGAGGAGGUGAAACAUGUUAAACUGCUACAUAGCAGUUUUUUGUAUAUUAGUCAGAGGAAGAGCUCUAAUGCAUAAGUUACUCAGUGUCCUAUUUUUAAAAUACAUUCAGAGAGCUGACUGAGUUCAUUUCUCUUCACCAAAUGAUAGGUAGGCUGUCACUGAAAAGCACUUUACUCUGGAUACAGAGUUUUUUCCUGCCUUCUUCAGCUUACUGGGGAUGUGAUAUGCUGUAACCCAACAGUUACUUGCAUUUACUCAUACUUACAGUUGAAUUUGUGACAAUCAAUUGCACAUUACUGGUUAUGCAGCUAAAAAGGAGAAUGUUAUACAUUUUAUAGUUAAGUCUUACUAUAUGAAGGAUGUUUUUUUCCCCCACAAUCAUCACAAGAGCAGAUUCCUUGUGUUCUGCUGCUAGCCUUUGAAGUGGCUUCAUUGUGUGUUCACCUCUUUGUUAGUGAGAAAACUUUCUCUGAGCUUUGUGUGUUUUUGGGAAUCUGAACAGUUCGAACAGCGAGCGUUUCCUCCGACAGGCAUGUUCAUUCGAAUUGCUCGAAAGACCUGUCCCCGUUUUGUCUGUAGAUGGCUACUUAGAAAAGAAAAAAAAUGAACUCAUUUAAGAGUUUUUUUUUUCAUUGUAGAAUAAAAUAAGGCUACUAAUGGCUACUUUGGUGGAAACUGAAGAGUAAAAAAAAAUUCAGAAGCAGCAAUUCAGCUGGACUGUCCUUCAGGUCCAGUGUGUUAAAUUAAUUUACAUGAGAAUGGUAAAUAUCUGUUCAUUUGCUGAAGAAAGCAAAAAAAAAAAACAAUAUUGAAAUGAUCAGUAACUUAUUUUUCCUCAGAGGUGUAAAAUUGUAUAUGUGCAUAAUGAAGAACAGAGCAAAAGCCUGAUGAUUCCUUGUUUUAUCAUCAGCUGAGGGAGUCAUGAGAGAAGAAUAUCUUGACAGUUUACCUUAGUCAUUUAGUACCAGAAUGUGGAAUGUAUCGGCUGCCAAAGUGCUGUGGUGCCUGAAUGUCUCAUCAAGUUCUGGUUAAUGGAAACUAAUUACUGAACUUAUUAUGGGACAGUUCGACAGAUUGGAGUGUAAAGCUGGUGGUCUGUGGCACAACAGUUGCUAUUUGAGAAACGAAGACCCUCAGUUUCUACUUCCCAGUCAGCCUUACUUUGCAGUGUGGAACAAAACAUUUGGACCUUUUGGACUGAUGGCACAAGUUUGUGUUGGGAGACAUUGAGUUCCCUGAACACUCCACAAAGAGAAACACUUUGCUCUCGGUGGGUAUUGCCUUCAUGAGAUGCGCUUGUUCUUGAAAUCGGCCGCCGCGCUGAACAAUCUGAGAGAGUGGAGAGCGAGCGACGUUGUUGUGAACCAGCGUGUUUUGGUUUCAGUCGCGCAAAUGUCAGCCAUAUUGAUUUCAGAAACAGUCGGAAGUACGUGCAUGAGGGGAAUGAAACGGAAACCUCUGAUCUUUUCACCUUUGAUGUCUUAAUGAAUACUUGAAUAUUCCGAGUCCUAGCACCGCAUCUGCACUGAUGACAGCUGAAGCACUGUAUUGUUAAUCGUGAGCGCUGAACACUGCCGGUAUUCUUGCAAUCUAAUCUACAGUAUAAGCAAGGAAAUUCAGAGGAGGAGGUGUUGGAAAUGCUUUUCCUCAAAAGCUUGUGACUUAAAUGUAAAACGCGUUUCUUUGCAUUUUCUGAUGUUAAUUGUAAAACGGGAUUUGUAAUCGCUGUUGUAACGCACCUCUUACAAUAAAGAAUACGUGGCAACUAA